AUGUCAGCACAACUCCCACCUAAGCUUAAGCCUGCCGCUCGGGUUGCAGGUCAAAGACAAGAUGUCUGGUCUAUCGUUAACGAGGCGGCGGCGGCCUCUCCAAAGCAGCCUAUCGUGAACAUGGGACAGGGCUUCUUCGGCUAUAACCCGCCGCCUUUCAUUAUCAAUGCUGCCAAGUCGGCUUUGGAUCGAGUAGACUGUAACCAGUACAGUCCUACGAAGGGUAGGCCGCGACUAAAGAAGGCUAUCGCAGAUGCCUACGAACCCUUCUGGGGACGGAAGCUCAACCCGGAGACUGAAGUUACUAUCACCACUGGAGCGAAUGAAGGCAUGUUGAGUGCAUUCAUGGCUUUCAUUGAACCUGGAGAUGAGGUCAUUAUUUUUGAGCCGUUCUUUGACCAAUACAUCAGCAACAUUGAGAUGCCCGGUGGGAAGAUUGUAUACGUCCCUCUACACCCGCCAAAAGAUGGAGCGACACGUACUUCGUCGUCUGCUGAGUGGGCCGUCGACUUUGAAGAGCUUGAGAAGGCUAUUACGCCCAAGACGAAAAUGAUUGUCAUCAAUACGCCUCAUAACCCUGUUGGCAAAGUCUUCUCAAAGGAGGAACUUCAGAGAAUAGGAGACAUCUGCGUCAAGAACGAGAUUAUCAUUCUCUCCGACGAAGUGUAUGACCGCCUUUACUACACACCCUUUACGAGGAUUGCAACACUCUCGCCUGAGAUCGAGAACUUAACACUGACCGUCGGCUCGGCUGGUAAAAACUUCUAUGCCACCGGAUGGCGAGUGGGCUGGCUCAUGGGUCCCGAACACCUGAUCCGCUACGUCUCCGCGGCACACACGCGCAUCUGCUACUCGUCUGUUUCGCCAUUACAAGAAGCCUGCGCAGUUGGCUUCGAACAAGCCGAAGCCGAAGGAUUCUGGGAAGAGACGGUCCGGGACAUGAAGAGCAAGAUGAAGCUAUUCAACGAAGUAUGGGACGAGCUAGGCCUGUCGUACACAGACCCCGAGGGCGGGUAUUUCGUGAUGGUGAACAUGCAGAAGGUCAAGUUGCCAGAGGAUUACCCGUUCCCGCCACACGUAGCAAGUCGACCCCGCGACUUCAAGCUCUCCUGGUUUCUGAUCCAGGAGGUUGGUGUGGCUGCUAUCCCGCCUACGGAGUUUUACACCGAUUCCAACGCGCAUAUUGCGCAGGAUUAUAUCCGUUUUGCGGUGUGCAAGGAGGAUCAUAUUUUAGAGACGGCGAAAGAACGGCUUAGGGGAUUGAAGAAGUACAUAGAGGGUUAG